UAAUUAAAAAUAAUAAAUCUGCAAUUCAGUGCAACAUAUUCCGUGUAAAAAUUAUUUAAACUCAUGUAUCAUAAAAAAUAAAAAAUAAUAAUAGUGAAAAAUAAAAAAUACAACUAGGUGGUUUUGACUGAGCAUUGUUAAUUUGGAUCAAGUGACUAGAGUACGGAAUUUACUGCGAAGCUGAGCGAACUUGCAGGCGUUGCAUUGUCCAACAAGAGUUGUACUCAAAAGUAGUCAUGAGUACCACGAACUUGUUGAAAUCAAUCUCGAAUAUACCAUUUCUUCGUCUCCUACAGACAUGCUCGACCAUGAAUGAACUGAAACAAGUUCAUGCACAAGUGAUCACACUUGGCGUCGCUCGUUUCACCUACAUAACAAGCAAAAUCUUAGCUUUCUGUGCUGUACCAGAAACUGGUGACAUGAACUAUGCGAAGAUAGUCUUUGACCAAAUUGUUGGCCCCACCAUCUUCGAUUUCAAUUCCAUGAUAAUGGGUUACUCAAAAAGCUCAAAACCUGAAGAGGGUCUCACAGUUUUUGUCCAAAUGCGAAGUAAUGGUGUUGAGCCAAAUGCGCGUUCUUUCCCAAUUUUAGCAAAAGCGUGUGUUUGUGUGACUUCACUGUAUCAAGUUCAUGCCCAGAUUUUGAAGUUUGGGCAUGAUUCUGAUGUUUAUGUUACUAGUUCACUUAUACAUAUGUACUCUAAAUUUGGAGCGAUGCAAGUUGCUUGUCAAGUGUUCGAAGAAAGUUCAAAUAGGAAUGUGGUUUGUUGGACGACUCUGAUUAGUGGGUAUUGUGCUAAUGGGCUUGUUGAUGAGGCUCGUGAAUUGUUUGAUGCGAUGCCUGAAAGAAAUGAUGUUUCUUACAGUGCAAUGGUUUCUGGGUAUGUUAGGAAUGAGUAUUACAACGAGGCAAUUGAGUUGUAUCACAAGUUGAAGAGUUGUGCGUUUGUGAAGCCUAAUCAGUCACUUUUGGUGAGCGUGCUUAAUGCUUGUGCAGAAGUAGGUGCAUUUGAAGAAGGGAAAGGUGUUCAUUCUUUUAUAGAUGAGAAUUGUUUAGAAUACAAACUCGAGAUUGGCACUGCAUUGAUAGAUUUCUAUGCUAAAUGUGGGAACAUAGAAAUAGGGCAACAAAUUUUUUGCAAGAUGCCUUGUAAAGAUGUAACUACUUGGAGUGCUAUGAUAUUGGGAUGUGUGAUCAAUGGCAGAAAUGACAUGGGGCUUGAUCUUUUCAAGGAGAUGGAAAGAAACGGUCCUAAACCGAAUGCUGUUACUUUUGUUGGAGUACUUGCUGCUUGUAAUCACAAAACUCUGGUGAAUGAAGCGUGGUUACUGUUUGGACGUAUGAAUAAACUUUAUGGUAUCUCGCCGGUGAUUGAGCACUAUGGCUGCAUGGUUGAUCUCUUAGCACGGGCUGGACGUAUCAAAGAAGCAGAGAUUUUGGUAAAUAGUAUGCCAAUGGAACCAGAUGGAGCCAUAUGGGGGUCUUUGCUUAACGGAUGUCUGAUGCAUGGUCAUGUUGAAUUGGGGGAAAAGGCAGGUAAGAUUCUGAUUCAAUUAGAGCCUCAUCAUAGUGGAAGGUAUGUUCUUCUAGCAAACAUGUAUGCCACUAUGGGCAGCUGGGAAGGUGUGAUGAGGCUGAGGAAAAUGAUGAAAGAGAGGAAAGUAGUUACAAUUACUGCUUGGAGUUUUAUUGAGAUCAAUGGGAUUGUCCACAGAUUUAUAGUUGACGACAAAUCUCAUUUCCAAUAUAAGGAUAUUUAUGAACAUGUGAAUCGUCUUAAUCUGGAGUUGAUUUCUUCAUCUUUGGAUCAAUACCAGCUAUAGCAUUACAGUAGCUGAAAGAC